AUGUUGUCUGCUUCAAGAACCGCCUUGAGAGCCCCACGUUCAGUUCGUGGUUUGGCUACUGCUAGUUUAACCAAAGAUUCUCAAGUUAACCAAAACUUGUUGGAAUCCCACUCCUUCAUCAACUACAAAAAGCAUCUCGAAAAUGUUGAAAUCGUCAAGUCCAGAUUAAACAGACCAUUGACUUAUGCUGAAAAACUUUUGUACGGUCAUUUGGAUGAUCCUCAUAACCAAGAAAUUGAAAGAGGUGUCUCUUACUUGAAAUUGAGACCAGACAGGGUUGCUUGUCAAGAUGCUACCGCCCAAAUGGCCAUUUUGCAAUUUAUGUCCGCUGGUAUUCCACAAGUUGCCACUCCAUCUACUGUCCACUGUGACCAUUUGAUCCAAGCUCAAGUUGGUGGUCCAAAAGAUUUGGCCAGAGCCAUUGACUUGAACAAGGAAGUUUACGAUUUCUUGUCCACUGCUUGUGCCAAAUAUAACUUGGGUUUCUGGAAACCAGGUUCCGGUAUUAUCCAUCAAAUUGUUUUGGAAAACUAUGCCUUCCCAGGUGCUUUAUUGAUUGGUACCGAUUCCCACACUCCAAAUGCUGGUGGUUUGGGUCAAUUGGCUAUUGGUGUUGGUGGUGCUGAUGCCGUCGAUGUCAUGUCUGGUUUGCCAUGGGAAUUGAAAGCUCCAAAGAUCAUUGGUGUUAAAUUGACCGGUAAAAUGUCUGGAUGGACUUCUCCAAAAGAUAUCAUCUUGAAAUUGGCUGGUAUUACUACUGUCAAAGGUGGUACUGGUUCUAUUGUCGAAUAUUUCGGUUCUGGUGUCGACACCUUCUCCUGUACCGGUAUGGGUACCAUCUGUAAUAUGGGUGCUGAAAUUGGUGCCACCACUUCUGUUUUCCCAUUCAACGACUCAAUGGUUGACUACUUGAACGCCACUGGUAGAUCUGAAAUUGCUCAAUUUGCCCAAGUUUACAAGAAGGACUUCCUUUCUGCUGAUGAAGGUGCUGAAUAUGAUCAAGUUAUUGAAAUUGACUUGAACACCUUGGAACCACACAUUAACGGUCCAUUCACCCCAGAUUUGGCCACUCCAGUCUCCAAGAUGAAGGAAACCGCCAUUGCUAACGGUUGGCCAUUGGAAGUUAAAGUUGGUUUGAUCGGUUCAUGUACCAACUCCUCAUAUGAAGAUAUGACCAGAGCUGCCUCUAUCAUCAAAGAUGCUGGUGCUCACGGUUUGAAAUCUAAGGCUCUUUACACUGUUUCUCCAGGUUCCGAACAAGUCAGAGCUACCAUUGCCAGAGACGGUCAAUUGAAGACCUUCGAAGACUUUGGUGGUGUUGUCAUGGCCAACGCCUGUGGUCCAUGUAUUGGUCAAUGGGACAGACAAGACAUCAAAAAGGGUGACAAAAACACCAUUGUCUCUUCAUUCAACAGAAACUUCACUGCCAGAAAUGACGGUAACCCAGCUACUCACGCUUUCGUUGCCUCUCCAGAAAUGGCCACUGUCUAUGCUAUCUCCGGUGACUUGGGAUUCAACCCAAUCACUGAUACUUUAGUUGGUGCUGACGGUAAAGAAUUCAAAUUGAAAGAACCACAAGGUGUCGGUUUGCCACCAGAUGGUUACGAUCCAGGUGAAAACACCUACCAAGCUCCACCAGAAGACCGUGCUUCCGUUGAAGUUGUCAUCUCCCCAACCUCCGACCGUUUACAAAAAUUGAGCCCAUUCAAACCAUGGGAUGGUAAAGAUGCUGAGAGAUUGCCAAUUUUAAUCAAAGCUGUCGGUAAAACCACCACCGAUCAUAUCUCAAUGGCCGGUCCAUGGUUGAAAUACAGAGGUCACUUGGAAAACAUUUCUAACAACUAUAUGAUUGGUGCUAUCAAUGCCGAAAACGGUAAGGCUAACGAAGUCAGAAACCACUACACUGGUAAAUACGACGGUGUUCCACAAACUGCUGCUGCUUACAGAGAUGCUGGUCAUAAAUGGGUUGUUAUUGGUGAUGAAAACUUUGGUGAAGGUUCUUCCAGAGAACACGCUGCCUUGGAACCAAGAUUCUUGGGUGGUUUUGCUAUCAUUACUAAAUCAUUUGCCCGUAUCCACGAAACUAACUUGAAGAAACAAGGUUUGUUGCCUCUUAACUUUAAGAACCCAGCUGAUUACGACAAGAUCAACUUUGACGAUGAAGUUGAUUUGAUUGGUUUGACCACUUUGGCCCCAGGUAAGGAUGUUAUCUUGAGAGUUCAUCCAAAGGAAGGUGAAGCUUGGGAAGCUGUCUUGACCCACACUUUCAACAGUGAACAACUCGAAUGGUUCAAACACGGUUCUGCUUUGAACUUUAUCAAGAGCAAAUAUUAA